CGCUUCCACUUCUUCAGUUUUCAGAGAUCACAGGGUGGACGAAACAAGACGAUUUUCGGAUAUUUUCCCACCCCUAAAAUACACCAAAAAGGAUUUUUGCGCAGGCAAUAUGGUUGUAGUCACAGCAGGUGCCGGAGGGGCCCACAAAGUCCUCCUCAUAUCGGGGAAACAGAGCGCUUCGCCCGGCGCAACACACGGCGGAUAUAGCCGGUCCAUAUCUGUCAUGUUGCCUAACCAGCCCUCUUCUGACUCCGACUCCAACAAUUCUGGACCGCCGCUGCGUAAGAGGCAGAGACUCACACAUCUGAACCCAGAAGAAAAAGCACUUCGAAGGAAACUGAAGAACAGAGUUGCUGCACAGACGGCGAGAGACAGAAAAAAGGCCAAGAUGGGAGAGUUGGAGCAGCAGGUUUUGGAAUUGGAGCUUGAGAAUGAGCAACUUCACGUUGAGAACAGACUGUUACGAGAGAAGACGAGUGAUCUUAUCAGUGAAAAUGAAGAGCUGAGACAGAGACUGGGUUUGGAUACCCUGGAAACAAAAGAGAAGGUCGAGGUGAUGGAUUCUACGGUGAGCGAUUUGGAUUUGGUGACCGGGUCUUCUGAGUGCAGUACUCAGGCUACGUGUGCCUCCGCAGCAGGUGCAGGCCCAGCAGUUACCAAAUCUGAAGACUUCACCAUGGAUCCUCACAGUCCUGACUCUGCAGAUGUUGAGACUGAUCUCUUGCUUGGUAUUCUGGACAUCCUUGACCCAGAGCUGUUCCUCAAAACUGGGAUCCCAGAAGCACAGGAAGGCCAUCAGCAGCUUGUGCUGUCUGGGGGUGCAGGAGAACAAGUACCUGCCUCCCCACCUGCGCCUUUGGGGCCCGCACCAGCUAAGCUGGAGGCCCUUAAUGAACUGAUCCACUUUGACCACAUCUACACCAAACCCGCCGAGGUGGCGAGUGAGGAGAGCAUUUGCGAUGUCAAACCCGAGGCGGAUCCUGAGUGCGUUGCCUUCUCCGCAGACGAUGAGGAAAUCGAGGUGGAGGUCCAAACGGUGUUCGUCAAGGACGAGCCAGAGGAUGUGGUUAUCCCCACGACAGAUGAGAGUCCGAAUGGGGUCGACGACUUCCUAUCCGACGCCUCGUCCUUCAAUGACUACGAGAAGACUUCGUAUCUGACAGAUGCAUACAGUGACUCUGGAUACGAAAGGUCCCCAUCCCCCUUCAGCAACAUAUCAUCCCCCCUCUGCUGUGAAAGCUCUUGGGAGGACAUGUUUGCUUCUGAACUCUUUCCCCAAUUGAUCAGUGUCUAAAAAAAUGAUGCGUACAAAAUCAUUUGCAAACUCGCCAGCCUUUGCUCUUUACAGUAUAAGUAAUUGCCACACGCUUGAUAGUGAUACAAAAGAGUUCAACCCCUCUUAGACCAAAGGCAUUGCCUUACGGGUUCUGUUGUAAUACUGCAGGUCUGUGUUGUUUGGUUAAGAGCACAAAGACUUGUGGGAAUUGCAGUCCAACAACCGUUUUGAUAAGUGUAGCAGUUCGACGUACAGUUCAAAAGCAACCCAGUAUUUUUGUUGGGGAAAGGGGAUGGGGGGGGGGGGGGGGGGUAAUUGUUUUAAAAGUAAAACUAUUUAUUUGUGUAUCUCGUUUUCCAGAGUCUUCUGUAUCAUGUCUGUCUGUCUCAGAUAAUAUGCUUCGUGUACGACCUAAUUUUAUUGUAAAUGCUCUCCUCAAUCAUAUUGCAUUAAAAAAUUUUGCUUCGCAUAA